AUGAGAGGAACUGUUGAUGUCUCCCCAGAUGUGCAGCCGUCCCUCGCCGCCCCGCAACACAACUUGACGGUGGCCGCGGGCCGUAAAGCCAAACUCACUUGCGUCGUGGAGAAUCUCGGCAGCUACAAGGUAGCUUGGACACACUACGGGCUGACGGGACGUGCCGUGUUGACCGUGGACUCCGUUGUCAUCACCAAGAACCAACGGGUGUCCCUCCAGAAGGAGCGAGGUGGAGCUUCCUGGUCUCUGCUUAUCAAGAAUGUCACCACUACCGACAUGGGAGAGUACUUGUGCCAGGUUAACACAGUCCCGCCACAGAAACUCUACUUCCACAUCACCGUCGUAGUGCCACCGGUGAUAGUGCGGCCGCCAGAGGACGUGACGGUGGCUGAAGGUGACGACGUGACGCUGGAGUGUGACGCUACAGGUGACCCUCACCCCACCCUUACCUGGAGAAGGGAGGACGGAGCGCCCUUCUCCUUCAACCACACCAGAGUGAGAGAAGCUGGUGGGGCGCGUCUCCAGUUGAUCUCUGUCAGUCGGGAGGAGAGCGGCGCCUUCCUGUGUGUGGCCUCCAACGGGGUUCCUCCCGCUGUGUCCGCUCGCGUCGAGGUGUCCGUUAAAUUCGGGCCAGAGAUGCGUGGUGGUGCGGGCGUGGUGUGGGCGGAGGCCCUGGACCGGUCCGCCCUCGUGUGUCGCUACAGAGCCUGGCCAACACCCACUGUCACCUGGACCAAAGACGGGGCGCUCAUUGAGGGCUCGCUGGAGACGUGGGAGCCAUGGGGCACCGGUACCUCCACUCUGGUGAUUCCUUCAGUCGGUCCUGAGAACUUCGGUCACUACCGCUGCACCGUCGCCAACUCCCUGGGUUCCAACUCUUCUAUGCUGGCUCUAGUCG